GACGCGGAACAAGUCUAGAGGAAUAAACAAACCCAUAUCUUUUGCCGUUUAUGGGGAUGCCACUGGGCCAACUUGGUUAUUUUCACAUGCUCCGUCCUGCAAAGGUUUAGAUCCAGAUCUCAACUCAAAGUAAGUCUACCAGGCUGCUGCUUGCUGGUACCAUUUCUUCUGGCGAUCCCCUCUUCGACUCUACGAGGGCUUCAGGCGCAGCCUCAAGGAAUCUAGCCGUCGCUACACAACAGUGAUAACUUCUCCAGCUGCAGCAUAAUUGUUUGGGAAAGAGUUUGGCCUCUCGGUGCGGCACCCUUGGCCGGUUUGUCCGAAGAAUCCAUUUGCAGGUAAUUCAUAACGUCAGUGAGCUCAGAUGGGGUAGCUCAUCCGUCAAAUGAUCAAUACUGGAAAAGCGCAAUCAAUAUUCAAUCAUGGAGAAGCUUCUCUUCAGCGCUGUCACAGGGGCCCUCGGACCCGUCCUGGGGAAGCUGGGUGCUCUGCUCGGAGAGGAAUACAAACUGGUCAAGGGAGUGCGGGGCAAGAUCAUGUUCCUUGAAGCCGAGGUGGAGGCAAUGCACGCCUUCCUCCUGAAGAUGUCCCGGGUGGAGGAACCCGACGAGCAAGCCAAAUGUUGACGAAGACUAAAACUCGCCGUCGCAUAGGCAAGGAGGUCCGGAGUCUUGAGACCCUAGUCAAGGAGGCGGCGGAGCGGCGUGGAAGGUACAAGAUUGACGACAACGUCUCCAAGGCCAGCAAUGCAACUGUGGACCCUCGAGUCUGCGCCAUGUACAAGGACCUGUCUCAGCUCGUGGGCAUUGCGGGACCGACCGCCGAGCUCGUCAACCUAUUGAACAGUGGAGUGGCAGGUGCACCACUGCAGGAGUUGAAGGUGGUUUCCAUUGUUGGAUUUGGCGGACUCGGCAAGACAACACUCGCCCGGCAUGUGUAUGACACACAUGGAAAGGAGUUCCAUUAUCGUGCCUUUGUGUCGGUGUCUCGAAAUCCUGAUGUGGUGAUGGUUCUCAGAUCUAUUCUCAUGCAAGUGGGGUAUCAUGAACAUUUACCCAAGGAUGCACAAUGUCUUAUUGAAGCCAUAUCCACUUUCCUACAUGAUAAAAGGUACUUCAUCGUAGUAGAUGACGUGUGGGAUGUUCAAUCAUGGAAUAUUAUUAAGUGUGCUUUUUCAAAAAGUACCUGCAGUAGUAGAAUAAUCACGACAACACGUGUAAGUGAAGUAGCCAAAGCAUGUUCUAUCUCAUAUGGGGGCGAUGUUUAUAACUUGAGGCCUCUCAGCAUAGUGGACUCUGAAUGGUUGUUUCUUCAGAGAAUAUUUGGUUCUGCAAAAGAAUGCCCACCACACCUCAAAAGAGUUUCAGAUAAGAUAUUGAAAAAAUGUGGCGGGUUACCCUUGGCAAUUAUUUCUAUAUCUGGUUUGUUGGCUACCAAUAGCGAGGAAGAUCAAUGGGAGCAAGUGCAAAAAUCUAUUGGCCAUGGACUUGGAAGCAAUCCUGGCGUUGAAGGAAUGAUGAGGAUAUUGUCCUUUAGCUACUUUGAUCUCAGUCCGUGCUUGAAGUCUUGCCUAUUAUAUCUGAGUGUGUUUCCAGAAGAUGCUAAUAUUUGGAAGCGGGAUUUAGUAAGGAGAUGGAUCUGGGAGGGAAUUAUCCCUGAAGAAAAUGGACAGACCCUAUAUGAAUUAGGAGAGAGGUGCUUUAAUGAGCUCAUUAAUAGGAGCCUGAUCCAUCCAACGCGCAGAAACUCAGAUGGUAAGGUGGCGAGCUUUCGAGUCCACGACAUGAUUCUUGAUUUUGUCAUAGCUAAAUCGAAGGAACAGAACUUUGUUACUUUGCUUGGUGUACCAGGUGUAAAUCCUGAUCCACAGAUGAAGGCCCGUCGAUUAUCUCUUCAUAGUGGUUGCAAAAUUCCAACAGGUCUAGAUUUAUCUAAAGCCAGGUCACUUGUUUGUUUUGGGGUUUCUUUCAAUAUGCCAUCUCUUUUGGUUUUGAAGAACCUGCUUGUCUUGGAAUUUUAUGAAUGUCCGGAGUUAAAAGAUCAUCAUGUUGCAGAUAUAGGCAAUUUGUGUCACUUGAAGCACCUGAGAUUUGAGAGUACAGGAAUUACAAAGUUCCCUGAACAAAUAGUAGAGCUAAAGUUCUUAGAAACUCUUGACAUUGUUACAGAACGAGGAUUUGUAAUUCCGUCUACUCUGUGUCAGCUUCAACGACUGACCCAUCUAGUUGUUCCUGAAAGUACUAUAUUGCCUGACGAAAUUGGAAGCAUGCAAGCACUGCAAGUGUUGGAAGGUAUCAAUGUCAUCCGUCAGUCAAGUAUAUUUUGUCAGCAACUUGGUCAGCUUACAAAUCUGAGGACCCUGGGAAUACAAUAUCACGAAGAUGAUGUAUGUGAUAAUAUUGAAGAAAACAUAAAAGAGACAGUGUCUUCCAUCUGCAAGUUAGCCAAGACAAACCUUUAUGAUCUAGACGUCUCAGGAGGGUACGGUAGGGACCGUUUAUUUGAUGCAUUCAAUAUAGAAGAUUUCCUUGAUGAGUCAUGCUUAUUUGCCUUGCGAGGCCUCCGGACACUGUCUUUUGAGUGUCAUGUUGCACCCUCAAGAAUUCCAACAUCGAUGAGCUUACUAGCGAACCUCCAGGAAUUAUUCAUCAUGAUGCUUGUAAUCAACCAGGAAGGUAUGGAGAUCCUGGGAGGCCUAACCUGCUCUCCGCUACCUCUUCCUCAAUGUAGAAAAGGCUGGACCAGAAGGAGGGCAGAUAAGAAUCAGCUCAUUAUGUGGAUUCCGUUCCUUGACUAAUUUUACAAUUGCUUCAUACAAGUGUAUUAUACGGUUCAUUUUUGAAGCUGGAUCGAUGCCAAAGCUACAAACGCUGCGCUUCAUUUCUUCUGAGACUGAUCAGCUCGAUUUUGGUAUCCAGCACCUGUCCAGCCUCACAUACAUGAGCUGUUAUUGUAGAACAGUUGGUGAUAACACAAAGCAGAAAUUAAAGGAUGCCACUGAGAGAGCAAUUGAGGUCCAUCCCAACAAUCCCACGUUGGAAUGGCCUGUCCUUUAGGUACAGAUAUUCCUUCAAAAAAUAUUCAUGUCCUCGCUUCAGAUAUAAUGCGAAAUGGAGCUCGGUAGCCUGAGAAGAUGCAUGAAACAAGGUUAGAUCGUGGGAUGAUGACGCAUUGAAGAGCCAAUACGUGAGCAAAUGAUCGAGCUGAAUUUCUCAUGGAACCAAAUUUGUCGGAAGUUCAGAUAGAGGACGUUUAAAUUUUAUAUUCACUGCAUACUGUAUGAUUGCCAUAACAUUUAAUUUAUGUAAUAUUAAAACUAAAAUAUUUUAUGUCAAUGGACUGCUGUCUUCCAUUGUGGCGAC